GAGUUUGUUGGCGGAAAAGAAGUCUAUGUCCAGUCGGUCGUCGAAAGUCUGAAACUUUUCUGUUUAUUCGGACGAGUUCGAAGUGAGUUUCGAAAGUCUACGAUAUACUUUUGUGUUUUCUUUGGACACCGCCGCCAUUUACUUCGAACCCAUGAGAUGGAUUCUUUGGUCAUCUGCACUGAUAAUGUUGCGACGGACGGUAGUGUCAAGUCUACAAACAAGAAAAAUAUUUCAAGGGAUGUGGAGUCAGAAAUCGAAAACCUCUGCAAGGCGGUUCCUCAGCUUGCCAAGACUUUUCGCAUCAUAGAGAAAAUCGGCGAAGGGACAUUCAGUUCAGUCUACCUUGGUGAGGCUCGGAUGCGGGAUGGUAGCAGAGAGAUGUUUGCCCUCAAACAUCUCAUUCCUACCAGUCAUCCAACUCGCAUUGCUGCGGAGCUCCAAUGUCUCACCGUUGCUGGGGGCAGGGAAAAUGUGAUGGGUGUGGAGUAUUGCUUCAGGAAUGAGGAUCAUGUUGUGAUUGUCAUGCCUUAUAUGGAACAUCAAGCAAUAGUGGACAUCAUCGGCUCAUUGAGCUUCGAAGAGGUUCGUCUGUACAUGUAUCAUCUGCUGAAGGCACUCAGACACAUUCAUCAGUUUGGCAUAAUCCAUCGAGACAUCAAACCAAACAACUUUCUCUACAACAGAAAGGCCAAGACGUUUGCCCUGGUGGACUUCGGCUUGGCUCAGGGAACGUCCAACACUCAAAUUGAGCUGCUCAAGGUAGUCCGACAGAAGUUGUCAGCGCCAAAAGCUGAAAGCUCCAAAAAUACACGAGACAACGCGCCACCUAGACUCGUCAUUACCAACACAGCCCCCACCUCACUACCUCCGCAGCCAUCCACGGCUCACCCACCUUUUUCCUCAUCCACCACCACCACCUCCUCAGCUACUUGGAAAGCGCUGAUGAAAAAAACACGCGUUGUCACGACCACGGCGGGGGCCUCUACGUCUCGCACAAAGCACACGAAGGAUUUAGUGGCUUUACGCAAAGCGCCAAGACCCGUGUUUAGCGAGAAGAACCUAAACAGCAGCAAUUCAACCGCCGCCACCACCACUAAACGAGAAGUAAAGACACAACUGGUAAAACCCGUGAAAACCGGGGAGCUCUCAAGCCGAAGGUUCCUUUCAGGCCGAGGGGGACCAGCAACUGUCAGACCUCUGAAAACUCAUCGAGGUGUUCGUCAACCUCUCAUUUGUAACUGCUUCCAGACAGAGCGUGUCUGCAAUAUCUGCCUGUCCAGGAAGCAGCAGGUGGCUCCCAGAGCGGGAACGCCAGGUUUCCGAGCACCGGAGAUACUCACCAAGUGUCCAGACCAAGGAACAGCCAUUGAUAUGUGGUCAGCCGGAGUCAUCUUCCUCUCCCUGCUCAGUGGACGCUACCCGUUCUUCAAAGCCAGCGACGAUUUGGUGGCUCUCGCUCAGAUCAUGACUAUACGAGGCUCCAGAGAGACCGUAAGAGCAGCCAAGGCAUUCGGCAAGGUGGUGCUGUGUAGUCAAGAACUUCCUCAGCUAGAUCUCAGGGUCCUCUGCGAGACGCUCAGAGGACAGAGACCCAGUAAAGACGCCAAGCCAAUCAGCAAAACCAAACCUGAAACUACGGAUGAAGGAGCUCAAAAGCAAGCUUGUGAGACCCCUCGUCCACAUCCAAAAAGCCGGGAUAAAACCCUGAAACCGUCCUCUCAGCGGGACUGUCUGGUCCAUGAUGAACGGGGCUGGGACACAGUUCCCGACGAGGCUUACGACCUAUUGGACCUUUUACUGGAUCUCAACCCGAAUAGCAGAAUUACAGCAGCACAGGCCCUGGAGCACCCGCUCUUUAAGGACUUGUAAAACACCCCCGUCAAGUUUUGGCUUGGAUGAACACAUUUUCAGGUAAACGUCAUUGGACCAUCUUUAAACUUUUGAAAAGGGUUCAGUUUAUGAACAUGGAUUUGGCAUCUUUUGCAGAAUGCACAUGCUCAUCUACAAAUGAGCUGGCCCAUCUGUUCAUAUCAAUUUCAAAUUGUUCCUUGUUCCCAACCUUGCCUAAAGAAAUGUCUGGUCAGUGUAGUCCACUCUGCAUCAAAUCUCAUUUAAGAGACUGGUUCAGCUAAUUUAUUUAAGAAAAACCUGUCUGUCUUAAUGUACUUUUCUCAUAAAAUGAAAAAAA